AUGAUGGGAGACAGUGAAGCAGCAGAGGGAAGGUCACAGUGUGGAAGAAGGAUGAUCUUCACAGGUCCAGAUGGAAUCGGAGACUACAGGCCGAGAUCAAAUUAUUUCCCCCGGCACAUCGGUGAGGGCGCCUCGUCACCUGAGGCCACAGGAGACCUCAGUUAUCUGUGCCGGGCUGCACCAUGUGCCCCCCCUCCUAUGCCCAGGCAGAGCUACGUGGGGGAGGUGGGCUGGGGCUGGCAGUACAACCAGCUGUUGAACAGUGGGGCGCUGCUCAGCAAUAUGCAAAUCAAGAAGACGGACAUACGGACGGCAGUGGAGGACAGAGUGACUCACAAGUUUCAGAACCAACAGUGA